AUGACUGUUAAGAAAGUUGAGAUCAAGGUGGAUAUAAACUGUGGGAAAUGCAAUAGUGCAAUCAUGGAAGCAGUCACGGAGUUAGAAGGUGUGAAUCAUGUUUCAUUAGAUGAGAACGCAAGCAUACUUACCGUGGUAGGGACUAUGGAUCCGAUUUGUGUUGCAAAACGGCUAAAGAAGAUUAAACAGAAACCUGUAAUCGUAAGCGUUGGACCACCAAAACCACCUGACCCACCAAAGCCUGUGGAAGUGCUACCUGAACCACCAAAGCCUGAGCCUAUGCCUCCUUAUUGCAACAGUUGUGAUGUUGUGUCUGUUACUACUUAUGAAAGUGGAAGUGGUUGCACCAUUCUUUGA